AUGACGCCGCCUCUUGUCCCCCUGUCGCUUGUGCAGCCGUUCCCAUGGUUCAGGGCCAAUAGGACCGCUGCCACCAACCCAGCAUCUGGCAUAAGUCCGUUUACAUUAGCGACGGUGGCAGCCAAUGCUUGCAUCUCGUGUGUGAUGAUCGGUGGAUGGUGCAGGCACAAGAUUACGACUACUUGUACCUUGUACUGUCUCUGGCCGGUACCCAGGCAACCAUGGAAAGGCACCAACACCGCUCCAAAGCACCAGGCAUUGGAUGAAACCCUCCACAUGCGGAAGAGCCUGUCUAUCACAUCACACACCGCACGUAGGAUGCUGACGACUUACGCCCCGAUGGAUGGGAAAUUGGAAUUCUGUCAACAAGACGCAAUCAAAUCAAUGGCACGAUUGCAGUACCGUGCUAUAGGUACUGAUAGCAAAGAUUCCUUCCUUCCGGUCGUUUCCCCGGCUCUCCAAAGUCCGGGAAUGGGGCACCAUGGCUUGCACGGCGUUUUGACUAGCGUUACAUGGCCCGGAUGGAAAGACACCGCAAGUACAUACGGGGGAAUAGUUGCGUCCAACAGCCUAUCGGACGUUUACCAGGCCUCGCUUAAGGCACACCAGCUGAAGAUGGUCCUCGACUACUCGUAUGCUAAUGGGCGCGAUUCCACUCUUUGCCGCACGACCAUCAUGGCCAUGGUGAAACUGGCGAUUCUCAAGGCUCGUCGUGCGGGAAAAGCCAUCGGGCCUGGAGAGGAGCUGGGCUCCGUACGGAGUACAGUAGUGCUCUCAGUAGCUUAG